AUGAGUCCGAAGCAGCCUGAGAACAAGGUCAAGAUGAGAAUCUUGAAGGGCAGCAGCUUGUCCAGCCUGGAAAAGGCUGGUCCGCAGGCCACCGCUGCCACCCACCUCCAAUCGAACCAGGAAUUAUAUUUCGGAGCCAGGUGGAAGGAAGGGAUGAAACGUGCAAGUGCUAUGCAGUCAGAUCAACCACACUCUUCAUUACCCACCACACAGCCAUCGAAAACAUCUUUGCCCAGUGAGCGCGGAAACAGCGGGCCAGCCAUCGCGACACCACCAUCCCACUCUAGCAGCAUCAAGACCGCAUGCGUUCCCCACAUUCACGAACGACGCGACUUUAUCUACCAAACACCUAGCCGGGAGCCGCGCAGCAACAUGGCGGCAACAAGGACAUACAUGUCGCCGAGCGUGGCUGAUCUGACUCCACAAGCGCGGCGUCUCCGCCUCCGUUACUCGACGUCCUUCAGCAGCAGCAAAAUAGGAGUUGAGCCCGACAACAAACCCUCCCUUGCCGGCCCAGUCCUGACACCCGUCCCAGCCCACGCCCAGGCUAUUGCAGUUCCAACCACUAACACUGGAAUUGGCCCCGCCAGCGCCGCGAACAACGCCAAUCUUCGAGCCAGACACUUGAGUUGGAGCCGACGGGCCGCCGCUGUGGCGUUGGAUAUUGGAAGGAAGAUCCGGGCGAGGAAGACAAGCUCGUCUUCUUCGUCUGGCUUGGGCGGCAGCGGGGCUGGUGCUUACGGUAGGUAUGAGCCCGGACGAGGGGGUGUCAUGUACCGCGAGCAGUAG